UAUUUUACGUCACGCAUAUUAUAGAAUUUCAGAGAUAAAAGCGCGUUCUGAAUACGGGCCUAUGGCUACAUGUGCAUACAUUAUACUAGAACACUAAAGAUAUAGGUAUUCCUAUCCGCCUUUUUCUUGCCAAAUCAGUGCCACUACAGCGAGUGUUACUACAGCGAGUGUUAUAAUGCUGAUCGAAAGUCGCCACAUUUAAUCCAAAAAAAAUAAAUCGUAUAUGGGCAUAAGUAUUCGCAUUUAAAAAAUGCCUGGCUGUGCCGCAGUUAAUUGCAAUAAUCGGGUUGAAAAGGGCUAUAAGCUCUUCUCGUUCCCGAAGGAUAAACGUGGGACAAAAUGGGUUGACGAUAUGCGACGAGAUAAGUGGACACCGACCACCUCUUCGCGAUUGUGUGAGGUACAUUUUGAAGAUUCCCAAUUCGAAGCCCACCGCAUUGAUGGCUGGAGAAAACUUAAACCGAAUGCAGUCCCAACGCUUUUCGAUGUGCCCAACCCUCCGCCACGAAUCAACCCACCUAGACGAAAAUCACUAAUCGUGAUGAAAACGCAACGCCUGCUCAAAUAGCAAUAGUCGAUAGUUUUGAUCGAUCGGUGCUUCAAGAAUUGAAUUCGGUUAACCAAGAGAAAGCU